AUGACCUCCACGUCCGCCCCCUCCGCGCCCGGCCUGCACGACACCCUGCGCUACGGCGUCGGCCCCUCCUCCCUCGACGGCACCACCACCACCACCUCCACCGCCGCCUCGGUCACGUCCGCUCACCCGCUCGAGGCCCGCCUCAAGAACUGGGAGGCCACGCAGGAGGCCGUCCGCAUGGAGACGCUGCGCCGCGCCUACGGCAUGGGCGAGCCCAUCCGUCGCGGCAUGGAGCUCAAGAUUGUCCGCGACGGCGCCUGGCGGCCUCAGGUGCUCGGCCCGGGGCUCCCAAGCGUCCACGAGGAUAUCCUGCGCGGUCGCGAGGACACAAUCACCUGGGAGGACGUCUUCACCGGUGACGAGUCCAGGGGCGUCGCCGGCUUUCACGACGAGAUGGAGAGGAAGUGCAAGGUCUAG